AUGCCGCCUCCUGCACCGCAUCCAAGAUUCAUAUGGAGCUCAGGAUUCAAGUUGACUGAUACCACUCCCCUCGACAUCGCCUCGAACGCCUUCGUGAAAGCCCUUUCAUCUGAUGAGGUCUCACUCGAGGACCUCAGAUUUGCGUACCGAACGACCAGCCUCGCCUUCGAACGAGAAGGCGCGAGAAGAGGGUUGUCUUUCGGAUCUUCCGCACCUACUCGGAUCUACAUCGAGGCUUUAACCAUGGCGUGGAACGAGAUGAACGUCACUGCCUACCGCGAGAGUCGAUUCAGAGAGUUUUACAGGGAGACAAUCGGGAGAGAGCCCGAUUGGGCGGAAGUCAGGGAUCUCUUCAAGGAUCUCAAAGCGAAAGCGGCUUCCUCAGAUGAAACGCUCAGACGAUCGCUGGUCUUUCUCAAAGACGCCGAGAUCAAGGAGAAUGCGAGGCGGUCGGAGAAGGCAAAGGAAACCGGGGAGGACGCAACGACAACGGCCUUUUGGAUUGCGUUUGAAGAUACCAACCUCGUUUGUUGUCAGUAUGCAGAUACCUUCAUCGAGAUGUUCUACUCGAACAAAACCGAAACAGAUUCAGCCUAUCAGGAGCCUGUAAAAUAA